CUGAAUGUCAGCAAAUGGCGGCUCAUCUUCGAGUGGACAGGAAACAAACGGAGCUGAAGAUCAACCGGCUUCAAACUCAGAGGCGACUACAAACACACAAAACAUAUCAACCUCUAGAAUAAACAACAACAGCAAUGUAGCUGCUACUUCAAGCGAACCGCAGAGUACGAACAGUGGCAUAACCGCAUCGGCGUUGGAUCCGUUCAUAAGCAACGUUACCCUCCGACAAAACAACAGCAGCGCCACCAACACCAGUCUAAAGCACAUCACAGAUUACUUACGCAAGACAGACGACCUUCUCUACAACAAUCUAACGCGCGUAGAUCAGGUUUUGACUCUUCUGAACACAAAUGAUAACUCAAUAGCAAUUGCUCAAGUUCUAUGGGCUAAAUUGUCUAGUUUACCCUUGGAUGCAGACCUAUUGAACACUGUUGAGCCUCUAAUUGUACAGACAGUGAGCUUCCUGAAAGAAGCUAAUUACUCUGAUUUUGAAGUCCAAGGCCUUGAUCUGUUUUCAAGAAUGGUUAAAGUGUUCGGCAACGUGUUAGUAUCUCGAGAAAGAGCUCAAAUUGGACUUCAGCCGAUUAGAAACGUAAUCAAAAUUAUGAGAAGGGAAGGCGAAUUUAUAAGCGUGCUUACUACUUUCUUAUACUUAUGUUUAAGAAGUAACAAUUUCAGGCCGGCUUUCGAGAUUUUGGAUUCAGACAUCGUUGAAAUUCGCCACGAAGGUCCGAAAAGCGAUUUCGUCGACAUCAUUUUGUACUUUUACUACGGCGGCGUUUGCUACUUGGCUGCUAAAAAUUACAGUCGAGCCAAUUUGUUUUUCGAAAUAGCAGUUUCAACGCCAGCAACUGCUGUUAGUAAGAUAAUGGUUGAAGCCUACAAAAAAUAUCUGCUAACUUCAUUUAUUUUGCACGGAAAGUUGAAAGGAUCACCUGUUAAAUCGUCGCCUUCCAGUAACAUUUUUCUCAGGUCUGUUAAAAGCUCAACUCAAGUUUACAGCGAUCUUCUAGAUUGUAAAACAGUUGCAGAUUUGAAUGAAUCUCUUAGUAGGAACGAAACCGCAUUCAGAGAAGACGGAAAUUAUGGCCUUGUGAAGCUAUGCAUUGUGUCGAUGUAUAAACGAAAUAUUCAAAAACUGACCAAAACGUUUAUAACUUUAUCUCUGGCCGAUAUAACCAGUACUGUUAAGCUGGAAAACACCUCGCAAACUGAGAAAUUUAUCACGGAAAUGGUGAACGAAGGUCAAAUUCAGGCCAAAGUUAAUCACGAGCAGGACAUGGUGUAUUUUUCGGAUAAUUCCGAACAGAGAAACGGCGAAGAAGCUUUGCUCAAAUUGACGGAACAGAUUUCAAAAUGUGUUGAAAUAAAUGCGAAGUUUCGUGAACUAGAUGACGCAAUUAAAACGAGUGCACAGUACCAGGAGAAACUUCAGAGAACGUCUUCGGCGGGAGAGGCAAAUACGUGGGAUUUCUCGGCUAUGACAUAAACACUGGACUUCUGAAGAAUUAAGUGACUUGAGUUAGAACUGUUGAUGGAAUUUGUCUGCUUCUAGUUCAGAAAUAACAUAAGGCUACCAAAAUUAAUCUUUAUCUACGUUUAAGAUUGUUAUGCGAUAAAAGCUUAUAAUAGGAAAAUAAUUUUACAGAAUGUAUAAGACAAAUUCGAUUUUUGAAAAAGCAAACAGAUUCCGUCGAGGGCAGUUUAAAUUAGUCAAUGAAGUUAAGCCGUUCUUUUGAAUAGAUCUGAUGAUGUUAAAUUGUACUUUGCCUUGUAGACCUAUGCCCUAUCAGCACAGGGCUAUGCCCAUAAUUAAAAUACUGAUUAUCUAAAUUUUGUUCUAAUCAAUUUUCUUCUGGUCUG